AUGAGGACGUCAACUAUUUUUUACAAUGGAUAUUUCAGGCUUUUAAUCGCUAGCUUGUGGAGCAUGAUCUGUUUGCUAUUCAAAAGGCACUUAAAGACAGCAUUGAAAUACCAGAGUGUAAAAUAUGAUAUUGUUCCUCUCUCUCCUCUGUCAAAGUACCGCUUAUGUACUUUAAGACGAAAAGUAAUGGUAUUGGAUUUAGAUGAAACACUAAUCCACUCGGUACAUGACGGAAUCCUACGACCAGCAGUUAGACCAGGAACGCCUCCAGAUUUUGUACUUAAAGUUUUUAUUGAUCAUCAUCCCGUCCGUUUUUCUGUUCACAAAAGACCGCAUGUUGAUUUCUUCCUCAAUGUGAUCAGUCAGUGGUAUGAACUUGUAAUAUAUACAGCCAGUCUUGAAAUUUACGGUGCUGGAGUAACAGAGCUACUAGACAAUGGACGUCAUAUACUUCAACGACGGUUUUAUCGACAGCACUGUACAUACGACAAUGGUAGCUAUUCAAAAAAUCUUUCAUUAAUUACUUCCGAUUUGGCUUCCAUAUUUAUACUGGAUAAUUCACCAGGCGCUUAUCGUUCUUAUCCGGCUGUUCUUCAGUAUGGAGCCAGUGAAGUCACUGUUGAUAAAAGUCUGUUGGACGUGCUUUUGGUGACGCACCAAGUUUCCGACUCAUAGAAGAACUGACUCAACAUUGGUGUUCAAAAUCCGAAUUUUGUUAUUACGGCUAUGAAAGCAUAAGCUUCGCCCUUUUUCAUUCUGGUGUACAAGUCGUAGCCACCGGUAACUCUGAAAUGUUACCUCUCACAUGGCCUAGUAAAAAACGCUUUAACUUUUGAAACGAUAGGUGUUGAAUUCGAGUCUUAAUAGGAGGAUCACUCACUGAGUUUGCAGGAAGAAUGGUGAGUUUAAAACAAGGCGAAACGUAAGUCCCGGAUCUCUAGUUACCACAAAGCAAGGUGUUUCUUCAUCCAGUUUAGUAAAUAGAAUAGUAAAAAUAUUGAUUAUCUAAAUCUGACCCGAAAUUUUAAAAAUAGAAUACAGAGUCUCUAUUUUUGUUUUGUUGUUAAGAUUUCCCCUACUUAAUAAUUGAGUUUUUGUCUCCUUCACGCAUCAGUAUUUUAUAAUUAUUAUUUUGUUGUUAUUUGGCUUAAUUAAUAACUUCAAUAUAUCUUUUAAAGUAAGUUUUAAUUUAAACAACUUUCAAACACUAUUUUGUUCAUAACUUCUAUUCAUUUUUACACGUUUUAUGUACAUUUGUAUGAACGAUUUUAAACUAUAAAUAAUAAAUAACCUUGGUUACCACAUACUUGUUUUAUUAAAUAAGGGAGCAGUUUUUAUCUCAUGGUGA